AUGUUUCAGGCGAAAAAAAAACUUGAGCGUAAGGGCUUAUCUCAAAGAAGGAUUGAUAAAUGUUUACGACAACUAGAGUGUCAACCAAAAGUGGUUGUCGAACCAUUGAAAAUUCAUGGUUUUCGCUAUUUUAAACGUUUUUCAAAUAUACUGGCAAUCAUAAUUUUAUUCCUGGAUAAAAUUUUAUCUCGGAUUGAGAAACUGACCCUGAAAAACUAA